AUGACCCGGGCCUUUGAACGCCUUUCCCCUUCAUUCCGGAAGCGACUCGAGGGCCUCAGAGCCGUCCACACCACGGCGAACCCGAUCAUGCGCGAGAUCCGCGACAACGGCCCGGAUUCCGUCCUUCGUCGCCCAAUUACUCGAACCAUCCACCCAGUCGUAGUGGUACACCCCGUCACCAAAAAGAAGGCACUGUUUGUCAACUCUUCUUAUACCCAGAGCAUUGUUGGCUGGGACGAGGAAGAGUCAGACUACAUGCUGAAGUUCUUGUUCGACCACAUCAAUCGCGGGCAUGAUUUCUGCUGCCGCGUGCGAUAUGAGCCUGGUACGGUGGUGAUCUGGGAUCAGAGAGUGACGCAGCAUUCGCAGACUUUGGAUUAUUCAGCUGGAUCUCGAAGACAUGCUUUCCGGUUGACUCCCUUGGCUAAUGUGCCGAUUCCGAGUUUGGUUGAAGAGGACGAUGGGGACUGUGCGAAGGAUGAAGGAAGGAUGAUGCUUAAUCUCUGCUAG